AUGGAAAGUAGUUUUGAAGUAAAAGAGGAAAGAGAAGGGAGAAAAGCUGGAGACGAUGGGAAAGAAACUGGUGCUAGAGUUCAAAAAAAACCACGUUUGGCCUUCUUUGCAUUGCUCAAUCCAAUGGCUUCAUCUUCAACAAACACUCGCGCCACAUCACCGCCAACAGUGAAUAAUGUCACAUCUCUUGAUCCUAUCCGACAAAUGCUUCUGCUUCCACCUGCUGUACGACCACCUGAAUUCGAAAAUCCUUUGGAAAAAAUUGAGCAACUGCUAACAUGCCCAAUUUGCUUGGAUCGUUACAAACAACCGAAACUGUUACCAUGCCAUCAUACAUUUUGUCUACCGUGUUUGGAUAAUUGCGUUGAUGUGGUUCGUCGGAUAUUGAAAUGUCCGGAAUGUAGAGCGGAACAUCCAGUACCGUAUGAAGGCGUCAAAAAUUUCCAAUCCAACUACACUCUUACAGGUUUUUUGGAUAUACAUUUGCAAGCGACAGACGAUAAUGCCGCUCAACUGGAAGCUUACAUUCAGAGGUAUAAUCUGGAACGAUGUAAAAUUUGCGAAGAAAAAGCUGUGUUGGACAUUUGCGCUCAUUGUGAAAAGCGAGCUUGCGGCGAUUGUCGUGCAACACAUCUAGAGAUGUUGAAGCGUGAUCUAACGAGAAUGCUCAAUCAGGUCAAACGUUUAUCAAAUCGAAUCACGGAAGCAUCUGAUGGCUUAAGUAAAGGAAUGGAACUGUUAUCACUGAAUUGUGAAACCGCAAAGGAUGAGGUCAAAGAAUAUUUCCGUCGUUAUUAUCGAGAAUUGAAAAAACGCGAAGAAAUGUUUAUCGAAGAAAUUGAAACAUUUAAUGCAACCGAAACUCGACUGAUGCGUAAUUUGCGCGAUGUACUCGAAAUCGAAAGUUCAAAUAUGAGCGAAGGCUGUGCAUAUUUGGAGGCAGCAUUGAAAGGUGAACGAGAAAUGCAGGAUUCUGAGUUGGUGAAAUUGAAAAAUGUUUUUUCGGAUGGAUUGGAGUAUUUAAGGAAUUUUCAACCUGAUGCCGAUGAACUUUUCUCAAAAAAGUUACGUUUUUCGCCUGGUGAUGAUGCUUCAAAGUUACCGACAGCUAUUGCGAGUUUUGGCGAGCUCACUGUCAUGCUACCGCAAUUUGCUGGACGCUAUCUUCCGCUGGAACAAUCCUAUCUACCACGUCCGAUGAAAAUUGGUUACGAAUCGGACAACUAUAAGUAUGCCAGUAAACGUAUGGUUGACUUGGAAGAAGGAGGUGGACGUCCCCAAAACGAUUUUCGCGGUACGGCGGGUCGUUAUGGGAUGCGUGUUAAUGCUGGUGAGGAGGAUAUGAUGUCCAUUCGAUAUCGUCGUCGACAACAGAUGGAAGAAGAAGCUUGGAAUCGACUGAGAGCGGAAAAAUUUGAUAAUUCUGGCCAAUUACUAAAUGGUAUUAGUAAUACUGGCACCUCUGGAAAUAUCGGUAGUGGCACUUGUCAUAAACCAGGAAACAGUCCAUGGAGUCGUACUGUAGUUGGAAAUGGUACUAGUCAAUCUAUUGCUACCACUAAUGCUACUACAAAAAAUGAUUUAACAACUACAACUGCAAAAACUGUCCCUGAAGAUUUAUCAGCUACUGCUAUCAAUAAUAGUUCGAGACAAAGUAGUGUCACCUCAGAUGAUAACAAUUCAGUGAAAAAAUUUCUAGUUGUUCCCAAAGGUGUGGUAUUAAAUGAAAAUCAAUCUACAACAGAAUCAGCAGUUGCCGUAGUUAAAAAUCGAUCAACAACUGAAAUUAAGCAGCCGGAUAUUAAUCAAAUAAAUAAGACUAUCGAUGAUAGCAAUACUUUAUCGCAAAACUCAAGAAAUAAUUUAAAUCGAUCACAACGAUCAUUAGAAAUAUCCGCUGAAAAUACAGCAGCAACAGCAUCACAGUGCCAUAAAUCUGACAAUCAAAGUCAUACAUCACUACCUUUACUAACGAAUAAUCAUCAAAAUGAAAGCAUCGAUGUUACUGCGGGUACCACCACAAAACAUUCGGCAGCAACACUGAAAUUUACAAAGAAACCGCCAUUACCACGACAAAUAUCAAGUGAUGACACAAGUUUAAAUGAAAAAAUUGAAAACAUCCGUACAGCUCAUGAAAUGCGUCGUGCUAAUCGGAUUCAGAAUUUAUCACCGAAAUGUUUGAUAUCUUUGAGCGGUACUACCCACAAUAGCGCUAAUAGCAGCAAUCGGGAUGCUAAUACAAGUGAUGAAAGUGAAUGCGAGAAUGAACCAAUACAGCAGAAACAGACAAGCAAUCGUUUCCGGAUUAUUUGCCGUAGUGCUUCUGAAUUCAAAGAACCGCCUGUUCAUCAGCGUUCUUCCGAUCCAACUCCUCUCUCCUCGGCAGCUCAGGAAACAUUUCUAUCGAGCGAAAGCGCUGAAGGGUCAUCACUACCGAUUCCAGUUACACAUUAUCCAGGUGAGCAGUUGCCAUCCUGGUUACUGAGACGUCGUCAACGUUAUCAACGUUCCAAGACAAAUCCUGAUCUGAUUUCCGUACUGACUGCUUUAAACGGUCAACAGAGUAAUCUGGCAAACCUAGCAUUUCCCUCUGCUGAUGCUAAUAGUAACAAUAUUAAUCCCAAUACUACUAGCCAGAUACAAUCUUCAAACAGUCGGGUCCAGCAGCUCCUUUUGGAACGCUCUAAUCGAUUGACCGGUAGCGGUCUAUUAAUGCGUCAAGAUAGCGAUACCAAUGAUACGGCGGUAGUUGCUGCUUCCUCAUCAUCAAGUCAGGAUCGCCGAUUACGAUACCGUAAACGGUCCAGUAUUGCUUUAGAUGGUGAAAGCUCCUAUGAUGGUCGUCUAUUCCAGGCUCCACGUUUCAUCUGUACUGUUGAUUAUCUGGCAAAAGCAAAACCAAAAUUGGUGUUUGGCAAAAAAGGUUCUAAAGAAGGAGAGCUUAAUUGGCCACGUGGUCUUGCCGUUUUAGGCGGUAACGAAUUUGCAGUAUGCGACAGUAGCAAUCACCGCAUUUGUAUAUUUAACACAGGUGGACGUUUGUUAAGGAUGUUCGGAAAAUAUGGCACCGGUGAUGAGCAAUUAGAUAGUGCUGCUGGGGUGUGCUAUGGUCGAUACAAACAUCUGAUUGUUUCCGACCGUUACAAUCAUCGAAUUAUGAUUUUUGAUCAAAAUGGGCAUUGCAUGAAAAAAUUUGGUGGACAUGGCCCGUCAAAUGGUCGAUUCAACAAUCCGUGGGGGGUAACGGUCGAUGAUAUGGGAAUGAUCUACGUUGUGGAUAAAGACAAUCAUCGUGUCCAAAUAUUCGAUAGCAAGGGACAAUUUGCUGGCAAAUUUGGUACAAUGGGUUCAGGAACCGGUCAAUUUCAUCAUCCACAAUUUAUUGCGGUUCAUAAACGAACCCAAAAUAUUUAUGUAACAGACAGUUCGAAUCAUCGAGUUUGCAUCUUUGAUCACAAUGGCAAUCCAAUCUUUCAAUUUGGUUCCGAAGGAUACCAAAAUGGCCAGAUGAAAUUCCCACGUGGAAUCGCUGUUGAUGAUCAGGGUUUCAUCAUCGUAGCUGACAGUGGUAACAAUCGUGUGCAAAUUUUCUAUCCGAAUGGUCGUUAUAUGCAUAGCUUUGGUACGUGGGGUAAUGCGCCGGGACAACUUAAAGGUGUUGAAGCAGUUGCACUCAUUGAUACCACAAUUGUUGUUUCCGAUCGUGAAAAUCAUCGUAUACAAUUGUUCUAG